CCCACACCAGCACAGUCAACGGCUAUGGACGACUCAGGGCGAGAAGCAGCGACCACCGCCUUGGUGGGGUUAAUCGGGACAUUUCUAGGCUCUAUAGGCAGGGUUGUCAAUCACCCUCCGCGACGGCACGAAAGGGCCAUCAACAACAAGUGCGGCGACUGAGUCUGCAAUGACGUCCUUCUUGCAGGGUGUCCUAGACAGCGACAAUUUGAAACCUUUCUUUCAGAACCUGUCCACUCUGGGGAAGGACGUUUCACCGCCGUCCCCAACGCGGUUUCUCACGCCUUCCAGCCUGAAAAGGAAGUUAGCGGAGGCAGGUCAUCCGGAGGGGCCUGAGCCGGAAAAGUUUCGUAGGGUAGAUCCUCUCUCCAUACUCAUCAAGGAUGACAAAGCGGAGAUGAACCGUAAGAUCGAAACCUUCAUCAACAACAAGCGAGCGCAAAUAGAUGCCAGCAAUCAACGAGAGUUUCUACAGCGCGAGAAUCCGGAAGAUGCAAACUCAAGCGCACGAACGGACGCCGCUCAACUCAAUCGAACUGUUCAAAUGAAGUUAGAUGUGGUUCACAAUCAAUCUGGUCCACUUGAGAGGUCUACGCAUCGAAAUCAUCCUGUGGGCGGAGGAACAACCGAAAGCCAAUCCUCAGUACCAUUGCAGGGGCUGAAGGAGAGAAUCCGAAAUGUGCAGGAGCAUUUGAACGUCACAUUUUUAUCUUCAACACCACUGGAUCCCUUUACAAGGAUAAAAGCUCUGGAGGACAAGAUCAUAGACCUUGAGACGAACUUCCCCGCUUGGUCUGCCUUCCACUUCAAUCAGCCAAAUUCAGAGUCGAAAGAUGAUGUCCUCCGCAACCCACCACCAGAAACCGUCAUUACGCGCACAUCAGCAGGCGCUCUGCACACAUCCGUCGUACCUUCUUUCCAAACAUUCACAAACGAUCGGACACCGGCGCCAAGUCGACCAUCGAAUCCAGUUACGUUCCCUGGCAGAACCCCCGUCUCUAUAAGUUCUGCUGCUGCUCCAGUCCACAGCACUGUGUCAAGUCCUGGCACCGUUAGUCGUGCUGAAUCGGAGGGCGCACAGCCUACUGCUCAGGAGAAAGCAAAUUUGGACUCAAUUGCGCAGCGGAUAGAGGCGUUAAAACACUCGCUGUUGCGGCAGCAGCAGACCGGCGCAUAGCGAGGUGGAUGCUCAAACCUCCCUCGUUCGAUGACGUAUCCGUUGUGAUUCUCAGCCGCGGAGCGUUCAGCAGCUUAAGCUCAAAACCAGUCCAUUCUACGACCAUCCGCUCAAAACCAGGCCCGGCACUGAGAAAUGGCUCCCGCAAACUACAUAUUAUAUAGGGUAGAU